GGUGCAAAAUGGCGAGUGACUUGAAUAAAGAGACUUAGAUGUAAAAUUUUGAUUCAAUGUAACAUUGUGGGGAUUAGUGAGUUGUGUUAAAGUUGUUCAUUUAGUGAGUUGGUACUUAUCAAGGUUUGAUGAUGGAAAUAAAUUCUAGACAAAAGAUAUUCUUGGAAAUUGUUUGAUUUGCGAUAAUUUUUAAUUUCAAAAAAAGACCUUCAAUCAUCCAAUAGUCUCAGAAUAAUAAGUCAAUGUUCAAAAGAAAAAAAAGUCGGAAGUGUCAGAGAAUCAAGUGAAGUUUGAUUUAAGUUUUUGUCCCUUGAAGAUCUAUUAUUUCAAUGUUGUUUUAAGUUAUCACCUAACAUUUAAUAAGCAAAAAUGACACAAAAUCCUUUUCAACCUUGGAAGCAAAAUUUUACUCUUUCUAAUCAAUUUUAUCGCAAAAAUGACACCGACUCUUCGUCGACAUUCAAUAAGGUGAAAGCUAAUGAAGCUGGGCCAUCAGUUUCCAACAUGAGUAUUUUAUCGCAGCAAUUGGACAUGAGCAAUGAUUCGCAAUCGUAUCAGACAUCUGUCACUUCUUCUAACAACAUAAAUCAUCAGACUGAGAUAGAUCAGCUGCAACCAGUGAAUAAAUCGUCUCAGUGUAACUCAAAAUUUUCAAUUUUUUCGCAAUUAUUAAAUUUGAAUAAAAUAAACGCGUUCGAUAACUUGCUGCUGAAUGCUUCAAUCAGUUUGGACGACGAGGAAUUGAACAAUGACAAGCGUCGAGGAAUCAGGAAAUUAAUGGAACAAGCUAUAAGCAGCGAUGAAGCUAAACAGCAAAUUACAUUUAUUUUGGAGAAAAUAUCGACAUUACGACCAACUGAAAAAUUACUACUCUAUCUUAAAAUGCCUGGUGGACAUUCUGAAGUUGACCCAUUAAAACAGUCUCAAAAUCCUCUUGGAUCACGUUCUGAAAUAUCACAUACAAUCAAUUGGGUACGAUCACAUUUGGAACACGAUGAAAAAGUGUCCAUACCCAAGCAAGAAGUUUAUGAAGAUUAUGUGCAAUUCUGUGGAAAAAUCAACAUUAAGCCUCUGUCAACAGCAGACUUUGGAAAAGUCAUGAAGCAAGUCUUUCCUGAUAUUAGACCACGUCGUUUGGGUACACGUGGACAUUCUCGGUAUUGUUAUGCCGCUAUGAGAAAGGCAACUAAGCUUCAACCGCCACUGCUUCCUGAUUUAUCGACAUCAAAUGAAUCAAAUGGAAGUGGUCAUGGAAGUGAACAUGCAACUUGGAAUAUCAUUAAAAGCUGGUCAGAAAAACUUUUAAAUGCUCAAUUUGAGUCUGCUGAUGAUCUUGCAUCACACAUAUCGCAACACAAUCUGAACAUGCAUUCAACUUCUACCUCAAAACAACUUCUACAUAAGAAGCUCAUGCAACGCGAGCUCAAAGAUAAACGAAGAGCUAGUCAACCAUCAAAGAAGCGUCGCAAAAAGCGAAGACAGUCAACUGAAUCACCUGAUACUCUUCAAGAAAAUGAUGAACUUUUUGAUGCAAACUUACAAAUUAAACAAGAAAAAGAAACAGAUGGAAGUGCCGUGGAAAAUAAUUUUACUGAUGAAUCAUCCGAUGUGCCGAUGAACCUCAGUUCAGAACAAGCGCGACGAGAUCAACAAAUUAAUCCCAUCACAGUACAAUAUCAAAAUGAUGUCAAUGAUAUAUUCAAAAGUAAAGAAGAACCGAAAACAAAAAUGUUAUUGUCGUCAGAAUUGAAUGACGAAGAACAUAAUGACAAUCAAUAUGUUCUUUGUAAGAAAGUUCGCCAAGCACAACAACUUAAAAUGACAGCAACAACGUCAAUGCCUGGCAAUUCAUUGCAUGAUAAUAACGUGAAUGUUGCAUCGCCAAUUGUGAGCAGCUCUGAGAUUUUACAUGAGAUGCUUAUGCCAUCAAAGAUUCCGGCGAAAAGAAAGUCGAGAAAGGAAGAAAACUUGAUGAGUUUGAAGAAGGGAAGAUAUCAAGAAAAAGUUGACAUCAGUGAACAUUCAACGCCAUCGCCUUUGAAUAAUGUUGAGCCCAAUGAUCUUGUUGUAAAGAAAGAUGAUUUGAAAGAGGAUUUUAUUCUUCCACGUGAGCGUUUUAUUAGCAUUUGCAACAUGGAUAGAAAUGCUCUUGACACAUAUUUAAAUCCUAACGAAGAGAACUCGCAAGAUCUCGAGCUGUUGCAAUAUUUUGGUGAAGACAAGAACAAAAUUGCUAAUUGCAUUGAAGAUGAUUUGGGAGGCGAAGAAGCAGCGAAUGUUUCCUUGAUGGAAAAUUCUUAUCAUCACAACACUGAAGAAAAUCCCAUUGAGAGAAAUUCUGAGAAAUUGUCACAGCUUCGUUCGAUGUUAGAAGAAAAGUAUAACAACGCUUGCAAUAUAACAAACAGUGAAUCCGUAAUCAGAAGCUUAUUACAAAAAAGUUAUCAGCAACCUUCAAAUGACUUGAACGAUAACGAUCAAAUGAAUGCUUACAAUACGACUUCAGUAUCAACAAAUGUUGUUACACGUCAUGCUACAACAUCAAGUAACAACAUGCCUCAAUGUGUCCGAUCAGUUUCAAGUGAUGCGACACUUGGCAACAAUAUUUUAUUACAUUCGCCAAACACUCGUCGAAAGAACUUCAGCUUCGUUCCAAUUCCAUCUCAAUCGAUGCGACCAAAAAAUAUUAACUUACAUCCAGCAUUCAAGGGUGACACACUUUCGAGUCCUUUCGUAAGUCCAAGGGCAACGCCACUCAACAGACGAGUGAAUCCUUUAUUAAAUAUUAGAAAUCCUAAUAUGAUUGAUGCGAAAUCAGUUCCUGUUUUGGGUAUAAGCAACACGGCUUUCUGUCGGCCACAUCAAUUCAAAAUGGAACCAGCUUCGGCACCGCAAAGUCCUUCAAUGCUUCAAAAUUACAACUACAGUCCACAAGCCCAGCAAUCAAAUCAAUUUCAGUUUCAAACGUUGUCAAAUCAGGGUACAAAUUACAAUUAUCCAGUUGAAUCACGCUCACAAAGUGUUCCACCUCAUUGUACAAAUACAAACAUGUUCAACAACAGUUAUUCAAGCUAUUCGUCUGCUUGCAGUUCAAUGGCACCAACGCCUGUGCCUUCCGAUUACCAGGAGUUUUCUGAUUCUAAUAUUUUGGAUAUUUUUAAUGGUGAACAAGCACCUUCAUCUAACAUAAAGUUGGAAGCCAACGACAAUGUCAUUGAUAUGCUCGAUAAUGAAAUUUUAAAUCAAACCACAGACAACAUUCAAGUUAUGCGUCAAAAUUUUGUAAAUAGUCGUUCUGUUCCCAACACACCAUUACCUUUUAAUACAAAUUAUAACAAUAAUAACAUCAAUUCAUUUUGUCCCGUUGGAAAAUCUGUACCAACAACUCCAAUUAGUGCAAAUAAUGGAAAUCCCUUCCGAUAUAGUCCGGAACUGCAACGCACAAGAGAUUUUCUCAUUAAUGGUUUCAAUAAUCAUAACAAUAAUAACAACAACGGCAUUUUGAACAACAAUACUAAUAAAAUAUCUAAGAACGAAAGCAUGUCGAGCGAUAUUGAUGAAUUAUCAAACUUAGACACAACGUUAUUGAAUAACUUGUGAAGUGUCUGCUGGCUUAUUAAAUAUAUUAACUCAAAAGAAGAAGGAAAAAGCAAAUCAAAUGACCUCUGUACAAAUUUUUCGAUUCGUUUGAGAUUUCCAAAGUCGAUGCUAAAUUAAAAUCUUUUUUUUUUUGGCAAUUUAUAAUUCACAGCAUCAUAAAAAGUUUUUAUUUUUAAAAGAUAAUAAUAAUGAAGAUUUAAUCUUAUUUUCUUUGUGGCUUCAUCAAUUUCAACAAGUGUUGCGCCACUUAAAAAAAAGACACAUUAAAAGGAAUGAAUCAAGAUAAAAUAUUGAAGAUGUAUGUUAAAUUUAUUCAAUGUGGAUAUCGUUUCAACUGUUUAUUUAUAAAUGGAAACAAAAAGAAGAAAAGAACGUCAAAGAAAAAAUAAUUUUUUUGGAUAAACUUUGUCUAAUUGUAAAUCAAGAGCAGAUCUUACUAACCAAUUUUAUUCUUUGUUGAAAUGUGUGUGCAUGUUCGUUUGAAGCUUAUCUAAAGUAAAAACAAAACAAAAUGCUUAUUUAAAUGAUAACAAAAAAUGUUUAUGUUUAUGUCUUUUUGGUUCAAUUUCAAAGCUGAGAGAAGAAGAAGAAACAUUUGGUUGUUUGUGUAGCGAUAAGGAAUCAAAUUAAUCCAUCAUUUGAUUAUUAACUUUUAAUUUGAACUUGACUUUCAAAAGUUUUUCACUUUGUUUCUCUUUCAAAAUUUAGAAAUAAUCUUGGAAAUCCUCAUUGAAGCAUCAAAAAGCAGAAAUAAUUGCAUUAAGAAAGAGCUUUGAGAAAUCACAAGAUGAAAAUAAUUUUUACGUGUGCCUGAUUCUGUGAUACACAUAAACAAAAUUAAGAAAUUUAUGAAGAAGAAAAAGAACCAGUUUUUUAAAAGUUUUACUCCUUUAUUUCUGAUAAAAUUUUGAGCUUCUUAGGCAGUUUAAAUUGUUGAUUUUAUUUUGUUUUCAUUUUGUUUCUUAUAUAAAGAUAUAUCUGUAUUUGGUGUUAAAACUAUAAUGAUGACAUUUCUAACAAGUGGUGUUAGAAAUCGAUUCUGAUACUUAUUAUUGUUAAUCAGGUUAUUGUAUAGAAAAUCGCAGUGAAACAUAUUUGAUGAUAAGCAAGAGAAGCCUUGGAUAAAGCUGCGAAAUUUCCUAUGAAACUUGAAUCAAUUAUCAAAAUUCCAAAACGAGAUCAUAAAAUUAUUUUUUCAAAAUUUUCUUAUCUUAUCAUAAUUUUCUACAUUUACAUGAAUAUGUUCAAUAUUUGAUGAAGGAACAUAAGUAACCAAGAAAUAAAAAUAAAAAUUAUACAAAAUAUAUUUUGGAUAUAUAUAAAGUUAUAUAAAAUCUUUAGCACCGAAUUGUUAAGUGUGUAAAUGUGCCUAAAAAUCAUAAAACCAAGUGGUUAUUUUUGAAGAUGUUAAUUAAAACUCAAAGAGCGAUCUUUUUUCCAAAUUCUAUUUUUAAAAACUGAUAAUGUUAAUCAAUAAGAAGAAAUAAGAGAAAAUAUGAAUUCAACGUUUGCCUAAGAUAAUAAAUGAUAAUGAGUUAAUGUAAAUAUUUAUAAAUGGAUAUUUUUGAUUGUUUAAUGGAUGAGAGAACCAAUGCGGAAGAACAGUUGCAAGAUGUGAAGAAUUAGAAGAUUUAGGGGGAGUUUAAAAAAAACUUUAAUUUCUCUUCUUCAUCCAUUUUCAGUCAGCCAAUCUUGAUUUUCAUCCUUGCAAUGCUUUACAAAAGUGAAAAUUAAAAGUUGAAUUUCCUCAAGCAUUCAUUAAAUCAAACUCCCCUCAAUUUUCUUAAAUAUUUGUGAUUCGUUUGAUGUUCAAAACGCAAAAAUGAAGUAAUGAUUUAAUCAAAUUUAUAUUAAUAAAGAG